UGGCCGUUGGUCACUAAAUUCAAAAAAAUCGACCGUUAUACCGACCCCCUUUACUCUUCUUCUUCUUCUUUUCUAACGUUACAGUUCUCCAGCGCUAAAAAAAACACACACACAAGUCCAAAUAACAUUACUCGUCAACAUUAAAACUCAACAAUUUUCUCUCUGUUUUUCCUCUGACUAAAACUAAAUCUCAACUGAUCAUGGCGAUUGAAGAAUCCAACGGCGGAGAUGCAACGACGGUGAUAGACGAAGCAUAUGAGUUUUCAGCACCGCGGUUCUUUGAUUUUAUGAAAGAUGAGACAGUUGAAGAGAUGCGUAAAGCCGAAUUGUGGUUCGAUGAUAAGGCGAUUGGCUAUGCUCCUUCACCUUUUAUGCCUAGAAUCAAAACUGGUAGAUCAUUUAAGGUUGAAAGCCUGUGUGAUUUUAGUGCAGCAGAGGAAUCUCAGAAGGUCACUGAAUCAUCAUUAGAUUCAAAAGUUCCUAAGUCUCAAGUACAAGUCAUGAUACCUACAGAAACUGGGGAGGAAGAGAAAACUCAGCAUGAGGCAAACAAAGAAAUUAGUUCAAACAUUGUCAAUGUUUCUUGUGAAGACAAUCAGAAAGAGACUGCUUGCAGGAUCUCUAGUUCUAUUAAAACUGAACACACUGCUAAUAGAGAAAUGAGCAAAACUGAAACUUGCUGCACACCUAAAGCUCCGGCGACUUCUCAGAAAAAGGAAGGCCUAUUAACCAAUUCGAAGAAGCAUCAAUUUGCUAGAAAUGUAGCUAAUCUGGUUAAGAAUCCAUCCGCAUUGACACAGAAGAGUCGGUCACAAUCUUCUCAAGUUAAGGGCUCCAGACUAGCAAGUGUCCCAAGAGAGAAGAGUGUAAAUGAUGCUUCUGGGACUUCCAUUUUAGCCCAAGAGAACCAGGCUAUUAAGCGGCAGAAGCUGGAAGGAGGAAAGUCCAGACAGAUUCUUAAUGUUAAAGCUCCACAACCAUUGCCACAUAAAUCCAAACUGGGUCUUACAAGUGGCAAUUGCAAUUCAUCUGUUGCUAGCAAGAUGCAGAAGGAAGACAGAAAGGUUUAUGUUCGGGAACAACCAACAGUAGUACCAUUUGUUUCAAUGGCAGAGAUGAUGAAAAAAUUCCAAUCAAGUACCAGAGACCUUUCACUACCACAAAUUAAGAAAAGUUCUUUCUCACAUGAUGCUGCUGCUCUCCAGGGGAACCCGCCUCGACUCACAUUGACAAGGCCCAAGGAGCCUGAAUUUGAAACAGCUCAGCGAGUUCGCUCUGUCAAAAUAAAGAGCUCUGCUGAGAUUGAAGAAGAGAUGAUGGCUAAAAUUCCAAAGUUUAAAGCUAGACCAGUAAACAAAAAGAUCUUCGCUGCUCCAACAUUGCCUGCAUUACCAAGAAGUACCCCACAACUUCCUGAAUUUAAGGAAUUCCAUUUUCAGACAGCAGCGCGGGCCAAUCAGAAUGUAGAUUCAGCUUCAGUGGCCUCAACAGAAGUGCCUCAUCAGAGUCAGUGGAAGCCGAAUCAUCUAACCGAACCUAAAACUCCUCUUCUGCACACUACAUUGAGGGCUCGCCCACCUAAGGUGAAAACUUCUUUAGAGCUUGAGAAAGAGGAACUUGAAAAGAUCCCUAAAUUUAAGGCAAGGCCUUUGAAUAAGAAGAUAUUUGAAAGUAAAGGAUCACUGGGGAUCUUUUCCAAUUUAAAGAAACAAGUUACCACACCCCAAGAAUUUCAUUUUGCCACAAAUGAGAGAAUUCCACCACCAGCUUCUGUUGCUGAUUUGUUUGAUAAGCUUUCAUUAAACUCAGAACAUUGCCAUGGCAAUCCACUUCCAAGAAAUACAGUGCCACAUCCAUUCCAUCUCCACACAGAGGAAAGAGGAGCUGAAAAAGAAAGGAAAUUUGUGAUGGAGAUUUGGCAGAAGUUUUUGGGGGAGGAAAGAGCCAGAGUUCCAAAGGCUACUCCAUAUCCUUACACAACUGAUUAUCCCGUGAUUCCUCAAAAACCAGAGCCUAAACCAUGCACACAACCCGAACCUUUUCAAUUAGAGAGUCUAGCAAGGCAUGAGGAGGAAAAACAAAGGGAAAUGGAGGAAAGGCUGAGGAUUGAAAAAGAAGAAGAGGAGAUGAGGAUUUUUAGAGCACAGCCAGUUCUCAAAGAGGACCCAAUUCCACUACCAGAGAAAGUGCGUAUGCCCCUAACACAAGUUCAACAGUUCAGUCUUCAUGUAGAUAACAGAGCUGUGGAUAGAGCAGAAUUUGAUGACAAGGUUAAAGAGAAAGAAAUCUUAUACAAGAGAUACAGAGAGGAGAGUGAAGCUGCAAAAAUGAUAGAGGAAGAGAAAGCACUAAAGCAAAUGAGAAGGACAAUGGUUCCUCAUGCAAAACCAGUGCCCAACUUUCAAAAUCCAUUCUGCCCCAAGAAAUCUAAAAAGGGAACUACAAAGGCAAAAUCACCCAAUUUGAGGGUACUAAAGAGACAAAGGAUGAUGAUGGUAAAUGCAGUCUCCAGCCCUGCUUCAUGUAUGAGGUGAUAUGUAGACAUGGGAGCUGGUGCCUGUUCAAGCACUCUUGAACCAACCCUUUUUUAUUCUUUUAUUUCCACCAUUCUUGUAGCAUGUUUGUACUUCAAAUUUUAUUCUUUCUUGUACACAAUCAGAUUUUGUUGUAUAACAAUAUUGUUUCACUUGCAGUGGAAAACAAUUUAACCCCUUAAUUACAAUACAAUAUAGUCCAUCAUUUAUUCUAAA